AGAUUCUUAGUUAAUCCUAAAUUAAAUAAUAUAGACAUUCGCACAUUCAUUUUAUGGCCUUUUGCCUAUAAAUAUCUACAACACUACAUGCACUAGGUAAAAACACAAAUUUCUAUUUUCCCAUAUAAACAUAUAUCCCAUCAUGAUGUUUCUAUUUUCAAACCUUCAAUCCUUGAAGCUGCUAUCCUUUUGGAUGCUUCUUUCAGCAAGUGCAUUCACAACUACUUUAUCAGAAACUUCACAAGCAAGUGCUUUGUUGAAGUGGAAAGCAAGUCUUGACAACCAUAGCCAAACUUUGCUAUCUUCAUGGAGUGGCAAUAAUUCAUGCAACUGGCUUGGAAUUUCUUGUAAAGAAGAUUCCAUUUCUGUCUCUAAGGUAAAUCUCACAAAUAUGGGAUUGAAAGGUACGCUUGAAAGUCUUAACUUCUCAUCACUUCCAAAUAUCCAAACCCUAAACAUAAGUCACAAUUCCUUAAAUGGAAGUAUUCCUUCCCAUAUUGGAAUGUUGUCCAAACUUACUCAUCUUGAUCUUAGUGACAAUCUUUUCUCAGGAACAAUUCCAUAUGAAAUAACACAUUUGAUUAGUCUUCAAACUUUAUAUUUGGAUACUAAUGUUUUCAGUGGUUCCAUUCCUGAAGAAAUAGGUGAAUUAAGAAAUCUUAGAGAACUUAGUAUCUCAUAUGCAAAUCUCACAGGGACUAUCCCAACUUCCAUUGGGAAUCUGACCUUGUUGUCACAUUUGUAUUUAGGAGGAAACAACCUUUAUGGUGACAUUCCAAACGAACUUUGGAAUUUGAACAACUUAACCUUUUUAAGAGUUGAAUUAAAUAAAUUCAAUGGGUCUGUUUUAGCUCAAGAAAUUGUGAAGUUGCAUAAGAUAGAGACUCUUGAUCUUGGUGGUAAUAGUCUUUCCAUUAAUGGUCCUAUCCUCCAAGAAAUUUUGAAGUUGGGAAAUUUAAAAUACCUUUCUUUUUUUCAAUGCAAUGUCAGAGGGUCUAUUCCAUUUUCUAUAGGAAAGUUGGCCAACUUGUCAUAUUUAAAUUUAGCACACAACCCUAUUUCUGGCCACCUUCCUAUGGAAAUUGGAAAGUUAAGGAAGCUAGAAUAUCUAUAUAUUUUUGACAAUAACUUAUCUGGUAGUAUUCCUGUGGAAAUUGGGGAAUUGGUGAAAAUGAAAGAGUUAAGGUUUAAUGACAAUAAUCUUUCUGGUUCGAUUCCUCGUGAAAUUGGAAUGUUGAGAAAUGUUGUUCAAAUGGAUUUGAACAAUAACUCUCUCUCAGGUGAAAUCCCGCCGACAAUUGGAAACUUAAGUAAUAUACAACAACUUUCAUUUUCUCUGAACAAUCUCAAUGGGAAACUACCAAUGGGAAUGAAUAUGCUUUUGAGUUUGGAAAAUCUGCAAAUAUUUGAUAAUGACUUCAUUGGUCAGCUGCCUCAUAACAUUUGCAUUGGUGGGAAUUUGAAAUUUUUGGGUGCUCUAAAUAACCACUUCACCGGCCGAGUUCCUAAGAGUUUGAAGAAUUGCUCUAGCAUUAUAAGACUUAGACUUGACCAAAACCAACUUACUGGAAAUAUAACACAAGAUUUUAGUGUUUAUCCAAAUUUGAAUUACAUAGACUUAAGUGAAAACAAUUUUUACGGACACCUUUCAUCGAAUUGGGGAAAGUGUCAAAACCUAACAAGCUUCAUAAUUUCCCAUAAUAAUAUAUCAGGUCAUAUACCACCAGAAAUAGGAAGGGCAUCCAAUUUGGGUAUACUUGACUUAUCUUCAAACCAUCUCACAGGGAAAAUUCCGAAGGAGUUAAGCAACUUGUCUUUGUCCAAACUUUUGAUAAGCAACAACCAUCUCUCCGGAAACAUUCCUGUCGAAAUAUCAUCCUUAGAUGAGCUUGAGAUCUUAGACCUUGCAGAAAAUGAUCUAAGUGGCUUCAUCACAAAACAACUUGCAAAUUUGCCUAAGGUAUGGAACUUAAAUUUGAGCCAUAACAAAUUGAUAGGAAAUAUUCCUGUUGAAUUGGGACAAUUUAAAAUCCUUCAAAGCCUUGAUCUGAGUGGAAAUUUUUUAAAUGGAACAAUACCAUCAAUGCUUACACAGUUGAAAUACUUGGAAACAUUGAAUAUCUCACAUAAUAAUCUUUCUGGAUUUAUUCCCUCUAGCUUCGAUCAGAUGUUCAGUUUAACGUCUGUUGAUAUAUCAUAUAACCAAUUGGAAGGUCCACUCCCCAACAUCCGAGCUUUCAGUAGCGCUACCAUUGAAGUGUUGAGAAAUAAUAAUGGCUUGUGUGGUAAUAUCUCUGGCUUGGAGCCUUGCUUAACACCGAGAAGUAAAUCGCCUGAUCGUAAGAUUAAAAAAGUACUAUUGAUAGUUUUACCUCUUGUACUAGGAACUCUAAUGCUAGCAACUUGUUUCAAAUUCUUAUAUCAUCUCUACCAUACAUCAACCAUAGGAGAAAACCAGGUAGGAGGGAACAUUAUUGUACCUCAAAAUGUUUUUACAAUAUGGAAUUUCGAUGGAAAAAUGGUCUACGAGAACAUCUUGGAAGCCACACAAGAUUUUGAUGACAAAUAUCUUAUUGGAGUUGGAGGGCAAGGAAGUGUUUACAAAGCAGAGUUACACACAGGUCAAGUAGUUGCUGUGAAAAAGCUCCAUCCAGUUUCAAAUGAGGAAAAUCUCAGUCCAAAAUCUUUCACAAAUGAGAUCCAAGCUUUGACUGAAAUUCGACAUCGUAAUAUUGUGAAUCUGUAUGGAUUUUGCUCACAUUCACAGUUGUCAUUUUUGGUUUAUGAGUUUGUAGAGAAAGGUAGUUUGGAAAAGAUUUUGAAAGAUGAUGAAGAAGCAAUUGCAUUUAAUUGGAAAAAGCGGGUGAAUGUCAUUAAAGAUGUAGCUAAUGCUUUAUGCUAUAUGCACCAUGAUUGCUCGCCUCCAAUUGUUCAUCGAGAUAUAUCAAGCAAGAAUAUUCUUCUGGAUUCCGAAUGUGUGGCUCAUGUCUCUGACUUUGGAACAGCUAAGCUUCUUGAUCCUAAUUUAACUUCCUCGACUUCAUUUGCAUGCACAUUUGGAUAUGCUGCUCCAGAACUUGCAUACACAACGAAAGUAACCGAGAAGUGUGAUGUGUAUAGUUUUGGAGUAUUAGCAUUGGAAAUACUGUUUGGAAAACAUCCUGGAGAUGUUGUACCUUUAUGGACUAUUGUUACCUCUACACUUGAUACUAUGCCACUGAUGGAUAAGUUGGAUCAACGUCUCCCUCGUCCUUUGAAUCCCAUUGUUAAGAACUUAGUAUCGAUUGCAAUGAUAGCUUUUACAUGUUUGACAGAAAGUUCACAAUCUCGCCCUACCAUGGAGCACGUUGCCAAGGAGCUUGCAAUGUCAAAGUGGUCUCGCUCAAACAGCUAAAAGAUUAUACUUAUCCGACAUGCUCGAGUUUUGUUAUUCCUUGUUUCUUAAUUUUGUAAAACUUGUUGAACUUGUUUGUAUUAUAAAUUAUUUGUAAAUUUGUUGUUUCUCUUGAGACAUUGAGAUUUCAGAUGUACAUAACAAUAUUGUGACUAUAUUUUCCAA